UUACAGAGGGCUUUGAUGGACGAAGAACCCUAAUAGCAUCGCUUCGCUAUGGCGACUUUCGGCGUCACACAGAACGCUCCGUCUCACAAUCCCAACAAAUCUUUCGAGAUCGCAGAGCGGCCGACGGACGGCAUCUCCAGCCUCUCGUUUAGCCCCAAAGCGAACCAUCUCAUCGCCACAUCCUGGGACAAUCAGGUGCGAUGCUGGGAAAUCCAGCCGAAUGGAACCAGUGUUGCAAAGGCAGCCACGCAGCAUGAUCAACCAGUAUUGUGCUCGGCUUGGAAGGAUGAUGGCACGACUGUCUUCUCAGGAGGAUGCGAUAAACAGGUCAAGAUGUGGCCUCUUUCAUCCGGAAAUCAGUCAGUGACGGUGGGAAUGCAUGAUGCGCCUGUGAAAGAGAUAUCGUGGAUUCCAGAGAUGAACUUCCUUGUUACAGGGAGCUGGGAUAAAACUCUCAAGUAUUGGGAUUUACGAUCUCAGUCUCCGGCUCACACCCAACAACUUCCCGACAAAUGUCACUCGAUGAGCGUCCGCUAUCCCCUGAUGGUUGUCGCAACAGCGGACAGAAAUAUUAGCAUCUUCAAUCUCACCAAUCCUCGACAAGAAUUCAAGAGAAUUCAAUCGCCUUUAAAGUUCAUGACGCGCUGUGUCUCAACCUUUCCUGACAAACAAGGUUUUCUGGUGGGCUCUAUCGAAGGCAGAGUAGCCAUCCAGCACAUUGACGACGCGCAGCAAUCGAAGAACUUCACAUUCAAGUGCCACAGGGAAGCGAACGACGUGUUUUCAGUGAAUGCGAUCAAUUUUCAUCCCGUGUUUGGAACAUUCGCUACAUCAGGCUCUGAUGGUGCUUUUAACUUCUGGGACAAGGACAGCAAGCAGAGGCUCAAGGCGUUUCAGAGGUGCAGCCUACCAAUUCCUUGUAGCACUUUCAACUACGAUGGCACUAUCUUUGCGUAUGCCGUGAGCUAUGACUGGAGCAGGGGUGCUGAGAAUCACGUCCCGGGAUCAAACAAUUAUAUCCUACUGCAUCCAAUACUGGAGGCCGAAAUCAAAUCCAAGCCACGCGCUCCCAACAGCACUAGAAAGUAAAGUAAUCUCCAGAAAGGUUUUGCACGGCCUUGGCAAUGGCCGGAGCUUUCGUUUUGCUUUGCUUUUUUUUUUCCUGUGAAGAACAAGCUGAGUGAAUCUUGACCCAAGAUGAAAGUUAACUAACCUUUAAAUCGCACUGUGUUUGAUUUAGAUGACAUGGGCUUUGCAGUGACUGGUCGGUCAGUACACACUGUAAAGGCAAUCUCCGAAAGAGAAGUGUGAUACACUCUUCACUUCACAUGCUUAUCACAUCAUAGUAUAGAAGAAUGUGAAAAAAUAUUUCUCAUUCUUCCAAAGCUCGCUGAUAGUAGUAUAAAUUUUUUCGAACUUUCGGUGUU